AUGGCUGGUCGUAAUGAUGCUGCUAAUGCUGCUGCACUUGAGGCUGUAGCUCAAGCUGUUCAACAACAACCGCAUGCUGGAGCUGCUUCUGAGUUAGAGCAAGAAACUAUUCAGCAUGGAGUAACUCUGCUUUCUCAAGCCCUGAAGAAUAAGCAAGCUUCAGGAGCCACAUCAUCAGAUCCUUCUACAAAAGCUCCAGAAGCACCUCAGUCAGAACCUCUUUCUUCAGAACUAAGAAUGGCUGGAAGAAACGACGUUGCGAUUGCUACUGCAUUGGAAGUUGUGACUCAAGAUGUGGGGCAUCAGCCUAAUGCUAACGCGGGUGCUAAUGCUGAAUUUUAUCCGCACUACACUGCUGAGAUUGCUGAGUUUUCCAAAUGUAUCAAAUUUGAGAAUGGCUUGCGUGCUGAGAUCAAGCGGGCAAUUGGUUACCAAAAGAUCCGUACUUUUUCUGAGUUGGUGAGCAGCUGCAGAAUCUAUGUGGAAGAUACGAAGGAUCAUUAUAAGAUUGUGAAUGAGAGGAAAAGCAAAGGUCAGCCGAGUCGUCCAAAGCCUUACAGUGCUCCUGCUGAUAAGGGAAAACAAAGAGUUAAUGACGAGAGGAGGCCUAGAAAGAAAGAUGCUCCUGUUGAGAUUAUGUGCUAUACUUGUGGCGAGAAAGGCCAUAAGAGUAAUGCUUGUCCUGGGGAUGUGAAACGGUGCUUUCGUUGUGGUAAGAAGGGACAUACACUUGUUGAGUGUAAACAUGAUGAUGUUGUGUGCUUUAAUUGCAAUGAAGAAGGUCAUAUUGGUUCGCAAUGCAAGAAGCCUGAGAAAGCGCCGACUACUGGGAGAGUUUUUGCUUUGACUGGUACUUAG